AAUCCUCCAAGAAAACAAGAAAAGUGACAAGGAGCAAUUCUGCAACUGAACAGAACCAUUUUGGAGUUUGUCUAGUAGCCCAGUACAACAGCUAUCUCUCUCCUAUCUCUUCUUCUUCUUCUUCUUCUUCUUCUUCCAUAGUAUUCUAUUCUCUCCAAUCCUUUCAGAGGCUGCAAUGGCGAAACUCGCUCCCUCGUCCUCCUCAGUUACGUUCCUCGUGGCCAUAAUCCUUUCGGUCUCGCUUAUCGACCAAUCAGCCCAGCUGGAGUUCUCUCAGUUCCAAGCCCUCCUAAGGCUCCAGCAGCUACUCAACUCCCCUCCUCCCCUCAACAGCUUCUUCAACACCUCAGACCUCUGCAGCAUUGAGCCAUCCCAGACCUUCACCUUAGCCUGCUAUGGAGAUAACUUGACCCAGCUCCACAUCAAUGGCCAAACUGGAGGCUUCCCGCUUCCAAGAGGUUUCUCCACUCGGGCCUUCUUCUCCACUAUCACUGCCUUUUCAAGCCUUAAGGUCCUCUCUGUGGUCUCCUUGGGCCUGCAAGGGCCAUUGCCUGCUGUCCUUGGCAACUUAUCCUCUCUUGAGAUACUCAAUGCAAGUUCCAACAGAUUCAUUGGUGAAAUUCCCAAGGAAAUGUCAUCCCUGAAGGGCCUCCAGAGUCUCAUUCUCGAUGACAAUGCGUUCAGCGGCCAAGUUCCAGCAUGGUUCGGUUCUCUUCCGGCUGUGGCGGUCUUGAGUUUGAAGAACAACUCGCUAAGUGGACCCCUCCCAAGGUCGUUCACAGCCAUGAGAAACCUUCGGGUCCUCGCUCUCUCCGGGAACAACCUGUCAGGCGAAAUCCCGAACCUUCACCGGCUCCACAACCUCCAAGUUAUCGACUUAGAAGGCAACCACUUCGGGCCACGGUUGCCGAGCAUGCCCACGAGGUUGGUCACUCUCGUUCUCAGGAAGAACAAGUUUGGCUUGGGACUUCCCAGUGAACUAGCCUCCUACUACCAGCUGAAGAAGCUUGAUGUCUCGAUGAACGGGUUUGUCGGUCCAUUCCUGCCAUUUAUGCUCACCCUUCCCUCAAUUCAGUACCUCGACAUAUCAGGAAACAGGUUCACAGGAUUGCUCAUGAGUAACAUGUCCUGCAACCCGGAACUCACCUUUGUGAACCUCUCCUCCAACCUCUUAUUGGGGACCUUGCCUGAUUGUCUCCUAUCUGACCAAACGUGGAAAGUUGCUCUCUAUGCUGACAACUGCCUAUCAGGUGAAGUUCGAGAGCAACAUCCGUCGAGCUUCUGCCACAAAGAGGCUCUUGCGGUUCCACUCUUGCCUGCAAAGAAGAAGCACGAUAUAUCUGCUCAUAAAACACGUCUUGCACUUGGUGUGCUGGGAGGAAUUCUUGGGGGGAUUGCCACUUCUGCUUUGGUUUUAAUAGCUGUGAGGAAAAUAAAUGCUCGACAGAAGGUUAAGUCGCCCCCAGCAAGGUUGCUGACUGAGAAUGCCUCGACUCUCUGCAAUGUGAAACUGCUAUCAGAUGCGAGAUACAUAUCCCAGACAAUGAAGAUGGGAGCCACCAUCCCGACUUACCGAACAUUUGCUCUGGAAGAGCUAAAAAAUGCUACGAAUAACUUUGACUCCUCGAGCUUAAUUUCUGAAGGUUCAAAUUAUCAGAUAUACAGAGCUAAGCUAGCUGAUGGUAUUGUUUUAGCUAUCAGGAGACUUGAAAUGAGAAAGAAGCGGACUCCUCAAUCCUAUAUGCCUGAUAUCGAACAGAUCUCGAAACUCAGACACGGCCAUUUGUCGAGUGCUAUAGGACACUGCUUUGAAUGCUACCCCGAUGAUUCGACAGUUAGCAGAAUUUACCUCAUAUUUGAGUUCACAACAAAUGGAACUCUCAGAGACCAUAUCUCGGGCAAAGGGAUUUUGACAAAAAAGCUUACUUGGGUUCAAAGAAUCGUGUCGGCAUUGGGAGUGGUGAAAGGCAUUCAGUUCCUCCAUACAGGCACUGUGCCUGGUGUCUUCUCCAAUGAUCUAAAGAUAACGGAUGUUUUACUCGAUCACAGUCUUCAAGUAAAGAUCAACAAAUAUAAUCUGCCUCUUCUGGCAGACGAUAGAAAGGUGGUUUCCUCUCGAGUCUCGUUGCCUAGAACUGAAAGAAGCCCCCACUCGAGAGUAAAAUACAAAGGCGGGGAUGACGUCUAUGAUAUCGGAGUAAUUCUUCUCGAGAUAAUCGUUGGAAGGCCAAUCAUGUACCAGAAUGAAGUAACUCUUUUGAAAGAUCUUUUGCAAGUGUGCUUAGUUACGGAUGAAGUGGCAAGAAGAAGUAUCGCUGACCCAGCUGUACAGAAGGACUGCUCUGAUGAAUCGUUAAGGACUAUGAUGCAAAUUUGCCUGAGAUGUAUAUCCCCCGAUGAAACCGAUCGGCCAUCUGUAGAAGAUGUUCUCUGGAACUUGCAGUUUGCUAUACAGGUACAAGAGUCGUCGAAGGAAGAGCCGUCAGAAAAUGAAACAGAGACGGCCAUUGAAGAAAAUUUCGUGAAUGUGCCCUUCUAAUUUAGGCAGCUUCAAAACUAAAAUUCGUGUAUAUUAAUUUCUCCUACUGCUCUUCAGAGGUUUUUUUUUUUUUUUUUUGUAGCAUGUUUUCCUUAGAGCACGCACAUAAGUCGUUCACCUGGUGGAGUAAUUUUUGGAUAUUUUGAUAAUAAGAUAGCCUUGAUGAUGUAUUAAAAAUGCUUCAGAGAUGCAAUGAACAGAGUUUUCAACAA